AUGCGCCUUUUCAUAAGAAUACAAAAUGAAGCAAUCAAAAAAUCACUGGAAACGGGAAACCCGAUCAUCCCACUUCACGCGGAACUCCGAGCGGAGCUGACCAGAUGGCUGAAGAUGGGGGAAACGCCGAGGAAAGCAAAAUGGCUAGAAACGGGAGUGGUCCACCUGAGGAAAGAAAUUUUCAGAGAAGAGGACCUUAAAAACCGGCUAUUGGUUUACACGGAUGCGUCAGGCGGCGCCGGCGGCUUGUGCAUCGAAAAUCUAGGCGAAAAAGAGCCUUUCUACUGGCCGAAAGGCUUUGAAACAGAAGACAUCUUCAUGAAAGAAGCCUACGCUAUCCUCAUUAUGCUUAAAAGGAAAGGAAGCCGCCUUAGAAAUAAGCGAAUCCUGAUCAAGUGUGAUAAUCAGGUCGUCUGCAGUGCGCUCUACCACGGCUCAAAAGUGGGUAGGCUGAACAGCCUAAUCUACGAAAUCUAUGAAGUAGCGGAGGAGUGGAACAUUGAUCUAAGGGUAGACUACGUGAACACGUUGGAGCAACUGGCUGAUGAGCCGUCGCGAACUUUCGACUUUAACGAGAGUGAAAUCACGAAUGAGGCGUUCAAAGAAAUUUGUAGCUUCUGGAAAAAGACCCCAACGGUUGAUGCGUUCGCAACAAGAGAGAAUGCAAGAGCGGAGAGAUACAUCUCGAGAUAUUCUGAUGACCAGGCGUUCGCCCGAGACUUUUCCGGUUUACGAAAUGGCGCGCAAAAGAGGUACCUAGAGGAUUACGCGAUGAGAAACUCGUGGGCACUGGUGGUGCUGUGCUACGAAAGAGAGCCGCUAGCCCUAGCGCUGGCGCGUAGGAAAGGCCUAAAAGUUCGCAAGUUGGAGACAACAGUAGCGGUGAUCUCGCCAACGCCCAAACGAUCGGAAGAGCUGGGAUACUUCAAGCCUCUGAAAGCGGAGGCGUCGACUUGGAAACGAAAUUCGGAUAUGAGUGACUACGACUCGGAAGAUGAGAACUUCAAAAUAGUAGCUCCAAUGGCGUUGAAUAAACCGACAAAGGCGAACGCCUCGGCCGCAGCACUGCGAGAAAAAUUCGACCUCUCAUCAAGCAAGCAGCCUGUCGACAAAGGGACUGCAUGCAGAAUCAUCGAGGAGAACCUGACGCACCCAAUUCUGGGCCCGUUGCUGAAGGAGAAGAAAAGGACGGCUAAUGAAAUCGAGCAAAUGAAGCCAAUUCUACAGCACCUUCAGACAAAAGCGUCAGAGGCUCGAACCCUGCACCUUCUAUACAACGAAGCGCUGAUGAACAAGGAGAAGGGCACAACGCCGAGCGGCGAUAAAGGGAAAGAUGAGGAGUUGUUCCUUAAAACUCACUCGAGAGAGAAACUCGUCAAAGAAGUGCGAGACACAAAAGCGGCUUACGACGAGUAUGCUUCGACCAAGCAGUUGCUCGACGAUCGCGUUAAGAAAUUAACAAAGGAAAUCAAAGAAGCUGCAGAACUGCACAAGGUGAAAACCGCUGUCAAAGAAGGCGACCGCUAUUAUUUGAUCCAGAGAAGAACCUCAGGGAUCAAGAUGUCGGUAAACCGGAGUCUCGAGGAGGUGGGACAGGAGUUCUACUCCAAGUUUGCUUCGGUGAAAGCCCUGGUAAACUUGGACAAGCGAGACGUCACCCCAAUUGUAAACGAACUGUUCCGAGUCACUCCACUAGAACUAGUGGAUGAUCGCAUCGUUCUCAUGAGAAUUCAAGAAAAACUGAACGAUGAGAUGUUGACUAGGGUCGAGUUCGCCAGACUAUGUUAUACCCUGUUCACCCAAGAGUGCCAGGACGAGUUCGACAAGAACUUCCACCAGCUCUGCAACAACCCCAAGUUGCAUGCAAAGAUCCAGCUGCCUCUGGACUACAAGCUUCGUGAAGACGAAGAAUAUGACACCAACACCCAUGCUAACCAGAAGCGAGAGCGGGCGCCAGCCAAAAGAGAGCCGGACGGCAAGGACGAAUGGCCGCCAAAGCGCCCGCCUGACCCAAACCCAAUCCGAGUUCCCCCAAAAUCACUGGGCUCAGUGAGGAAGUCUCGGAGGAUAGUUGGAGAGGAUCCGCUCGAUCAGCCCCCUCUGGAAAGCGUUCUACCAAAACGAGCAACACCGGCGAAGCGAAAGCCCCCACCGGCUACCGAAACCGCUGGAAUCGGGCCUGUUCAGGCCGAAGCUCCAAAGGCGAUUGCCUCUGAGAAAGCGAAGCCGAGAAGAAAGAAACCCAAGCCCAAAAGGCCAAAAGUUCUACCAGUCCCAGCGGAGGAUGAAAAAGAUUGGUUCGAAGAAGUUCAAGGCGAAGGCCUCGAUCUCGUGGACGAAGAUGAAGCUUACUGCUCAGAGUCAGUCUGGACAGACGCUCAUAUCAGAGUUGCAGUGGCAAGCAUGGUGGAGCUAAACAGAGGGAAAACCUUUGACGAAAUCACAUCAGCCCUUCUGGAUUGGAUUGACAAGAAUGUUUGUCCACCCAACAGACCAAAUAGAUACCAGCACUGGUACCAAGUGAUACGGGCCGCUCUCGAAAGAGAAAGCAACGCCAGACUUCCAGGCUCAUGCUCGAACGAGAUUGUAAGAUGGGCCAAAGCGAGGGCCAAAUCUCUCGCGGGAAAGAAGCUCUAUGAGCCAUCACAAGCCGAAAGGUUUCGCAUGUGCGAUAUGAUCGCGCUAUGGUCGCAUAUGCUGGCAUCAAGGAAGCCAGUGAGAGUAGAAGCAGCCCUCUAUAGCGGUAUAUGCUUCUUUACCGGGGCCCGCGCGAUCGAGGUUGGUAAACUCUUUAUCGAGGAUAUCUACGAAUCGAUCCAAGGAAAUGCCUUGGUGUUGCCAAUAAGGGAAAGCAAGACGAACGUCUUCAAAAACAUUCCGGAAAGAUUAACAAUGUUUUUCGACGACCGUUGCCCCCUGGACUUCAAAGCCCUUUUCUACGAAAUCCUGGGCGUCCGAGAGGAAGGAAAACUCUUCCAACACUGCAGAAACCGCAGAAUACUCUGCUACCAUUAUAGCAAGGCCUCGAAAGAGCUGGGCUGGGCCAGAGUUCCAUCGGGACACUCGGGAAGAACUUCCGCCAUCACGAUGGGCAUUGCUACAGGCAUCCCCAAACUAGAUCUAGAAAUCAUGUACCGGUGGACACCGGACUCUAGGAUGUACCAUAGGUACAGGGCUCUAAAUAUGGAGGAAUCCGAAAUCGGGGCCCCGGCUAUGGUAGCGCGAGCCUUGGUGGAUUCUCUGUUCGGAGGUCCGCAAGGUACGGCGCUCCCGGCGGGAAAUUCAGAGAAUCUAGUCUCGCCGGAAGUAGGAGCCAGAGUUCUGGCCGAUGCUAAUUGGUACGCUCGUACAGUAAAAAGGCUGCACUCUGAUCAUGUAGCGCAUCAGGGGAUCCCCUCGGCGCUAGACCCUAAACAGAGAAAAGGCCUUCCUAACAGACCGGUGUUUCGUGAUAGGGAAAGUGGAGCGAUGUCAAGUCAACCCCACACUUCCGAUUCAAAGGCGCACGCCUCCACCUCUAGUCUGACACAUACGCUGGAACCAGCGGCUAAAUUGGGAGAGACCCCUCUCCCGAACCCCCAGACUUCGAAGGAGGUCGAAUCUUUUAAAGGAAAAUAUCCUCUGCAAAGUGAUUCGGGGAAACCCGGAGAAAUCUGCACUUGCUGCGCAAAAUGCAAACAGCGUAAAGCAGUCGGGGGGAGCCCCCCGGAAGUCCCGGCGCCAGUAGAAAGAUCCUCCUCGCAAUUGCCGGAUUACAUUCAACGCCAAAUGAGUCGCCUUAACGACACUCCCUUCGCAAAGAAUCUUCAAGAAGGUUGA